UCAGAUCUGCAAGCUCAGCUCCUCGCCGAGGGCUUCGCAGUCCGUCCUUCCGUAGCAUAAUAUGAAGAUCCGCACAUCCCUGAGCCUCUCCAGGCUCGCCUGUACUCAUCUGGGCUCUGCCACUGCAGCGUCCCGAGCCAGCUGCACGAGCUGCCGCUCUUUCUCGUCGGCCAUGCCAGCCCUGACGGAGAAGAUAGAGGAGUUGGGCAAGCGCAAGAUCGACAUCCUGCAGUACCUGCGUAAGAACCACCGGAUGGCGAGCCUGGGCGAGGUGCGGCUGGACCAGGCCAUCGGCGGGAUGCGGGGGAUCAAGGGCAUGAUAUGCGAGACCAGCGAGCUCGACCCAGAGUUUGGCAUCACCUACCGCGACCACAAAAUCGAGGACCUUCGCGGCAGACUGCCGACGGUGCAGGGCGGCAAGGAGCCCCUGCCGGAAGCAUUGCUGUGGCUGCUGCUGACGGGGGAGAUCCCGAGCCCGGAGGAGACCAUGAUGAUCCAGCAGGAGCUGGCGAGUCGCGCAAAGGUGCCCAAGCACGUGGAGGCGGCCAUCGAUGCGCUGCCGGCGUCGACCCACCCGAUGACGCAGCUGGUGGUGGGGGUGACGGCCAUGCAGACGGAGAGCAAGUUCGCCACACUAUACCGAGACGGGCUGCACAAGACCCAGUACUGGAAACCCAUUCUCAACGACUCGCUGGACCUGGUCAGUCAGUCACUGUUGGCGGAGAGAACGACUCGCGCGGGAAAUGGAAAUGUGUUCUCUUUCUGUUUGUUUGUGUGGGUGGGCAGAUAGCGAGUAUCCCGAUCAUCGCUGCGCGCAUCUACCGCCGGACGUUCAAAGACGGCAAGACCAUCCCACCAGACCCUUCUCUCGACUGGGUGAGAAGAAUGAACACAUACAUCACAUGGACAUGGAUGGAUGGAUCGAUGGAUCGAUGGGUGAAUCCAUCCGUUUAAACGUGUUGGUCAGUCUGCGAGUUUCACCAAGAUGUUGGGUUAUGAGGAUCCGAACUUCUACGAACUGAUGCGGCUGUACCUCUUCCUACACGCCGAUCACGAAGGUCAGUGAGUGACGCCACACACCCACCCAUGACAUCACACGACACGCAAGAACAGACAAAACAAGAUACAACAGCAGCAGUAGAAGGGCGCGGCGUCGCGAUGCAUCCCCCCAUCCAUGUCUGGCUGUCUGUCUGUCUGGCUGAAUGUGUCAGGUGGCAAUGUUUCUGCCCACACGACCCACCUGGUGGGCAGUGCCCUGUCGGACCCAUACCUCUCAAUGGGAGCGGGACUCGCCGGACUCGCCGGUGGGCGCACUGACUCACACACGGAGAACACGCAAAGGAGGCCUUACCUGUGUGUCGUGCGGUGUGUCAGGUCCGCUGCAUGGUUUGGCCAACCAGGAGUGUCUGCGGUGGAUCCUGGACCUCAAGGACAGACUCAAGGGCCAGCCGCCCAGCGACGAGCUCAUCGCCAAACUCGCGCAGGUAGGUACUCACGGGAGUUUGGUGUCGCAUUCCCACUCUUUAUCUGUCUGUGUGGGUGAUGUGUGUCCAGGAGACGCUCGACUCAGGCCGUGUGAUCCCUGGGUUCGGCCACGCUGUGCUGCGUGUGACGGACCCAAGAUACAUGGCGCAGCGGGCGUUCGCCCUCGAGCACCUCAAGGACUCUGAGCUCUUCAGGAUAGUCGACGCCUGCUACAAGACCAUACCUGUCAUACUGCAGAAGACAGGUAUGGUAGGCCGGCAAACACACACGUCAUGGCGAGACAUGCAUAGGACAAAUGUGUGUAUGUGUGUUCGCGUGUGUGUUUGUAGGGAAGGUGAAGAACCCGUGGCCGAAUGUAGACGCCCACUCGGGCAUCCUGCUGCACCACUACGGCCUCACUGAAGCAGACUACUUCACAGUAAGUAUGCAACCAACCGAUCCAUCCAUCCAUCCACCCACCACACACACCCCUUCUCUCAUUCACGUGUGUGUGUGGGUGCAUUCAGGUGUUGUUCGGUGUGUCCCGCACCAUCGGGUGUCUGUCUCAGCUGGUGUGGUCGCGGCUGCUGGGAUUCCCCAUCGAGCGACCCAAGAGUGUCACCAUCCACUGGCUCGACAAGUCGCUCACUGUCAGUCAUUGGCACAAGCUAGACAGACAACACACACCCCCACAUAAGUGCAUUUCCCGAUGUCUGUGCGUGUACUGCGUAUAUGUGUGUGUGUGUGUGGUUGCAGGACACCCAGGGCGACAGCGGCUCACUCGGGCUCAACAGCUGAACUCAACCUCAUCCAGUCAGUCAGCCCCUCACCGGGGGUGACAGAAGGCUGUGUCAGCAGUGAGAGUGCAGCCAGAGCGAAGAGAGAGAGAAGUGUCGGUACAUUAGCUAAUACCUCUAUCUAUCUCAGUUGACUUGCUGAGGACCGUUUUCGAUGUCCCUUCCCUUUUUGUGGCCCGUGUGUCCGUGAGAUGAGGGCGGGGAAUGUCUGUGUGUAUGUGGGUAUGUGUGUGCCGGGUGUGGCAUCCACUCAACUGUCCAUUGACUCCCUGCACGUCAUGCUGCCCAUGACUGACAGCACAGAGCUUCGUGUGGGCUGUGGCGUGAAGAGUGCAGCCAUGGACGGUGGAUGGAUGGAGACAAGGGGUGCUCUAAUUACGUAAGUACGUCGAUGUGACUGACAUUAUGUAAGUGUAAGGAAGGUGAGAUACGAUAGAAAAAAAGUGCUGCAGG